AUGCCCAACGAUGGCGCGAUUGUCACGUUUCAACGAAUUGACAAACUGGUACCAGCUUCGAAGGGUAUCACAAAGACAAGCACAGAAUACGGCAACAAAGUGGGCACCAUUGGCCUUUCUGUUCUAAUGCAGAAGUGUGGAAUCAGUAGCGACACUGGAAUGAAAGAUGUCUCCAUGGCGCAGAUCAAGGAGGGUAUGUGCAAUAUUGGUCUUGCCAAAGAGUUUGACAUUUGGAGCUCUCCUAGUUCUAAACUUCUUGAUUAUGAACUUUCCUUCCUUGAAUAUUUGGACCAGGUUUCUCGCCUUUCAGGAGCACCGGAACUUUCCAUGCAGGUAUACUACGGGCUGAGAAAGGACCAUGACCAGCAGACAGUUCAAGAUAUAUACGAGUCUGGUAACUUUAUUAUCAAGCUAGUUCAGAUAAAGAGCGGAAAGCAUCAGGGAGUUGGGUCUAUCCGGGUCAUGAAGACGCUUCCUGAUGGGGCAAACAGCGAUAGUCUUGAUCUGGAAAGAAUUCGAUCUAAAACUCUCGGCGGGUUCCGACAAAGCAUCACCACCAUGUUCAGAGAGACUGCUUCACCCUUUGCCGGCGGAGACAAGGCGAAAGCAGCACUUGCGGCUUUGGGAAUCAGUCACCAGCUUCAGAGAGACGAGGAAAUGUUGAAGAUUGAUAUGUCCCAGAACGCCAGGUAA